AUGCUGUUCAUAAGCGAGCUGCAGCAGCUGCCUCAUGCUGAUCUCAUGCCUCAUGCUGAUCUCACGCCUCAUGCUGGUCUCAUUUCUCAUGCUGGCCUCAUGCCUCAUGCUGAACUCACGCCUCAUGCUAAUCUCAUUUCUCAUGCUGAUCUCAUGCCUCAUGCUGAUCUCAUUUCUCAUGCUGAUCUCAUGCCUCAUGCUGAUCUCAUGCCUCAUGCUGAUCUCAUGCCUCAUGCUGGUCUCAUGCCUCAUGCUGAUCUCACGCUUCAUGCUGGUCUCAUUUCUCAUGCUGGUCUCAUGCCUCACGUGUUAGAGGAAUGUUGUUCCUUACGAGAAGGUGCUGUCUCUUAUACACAUCUAGAUGUGUAUAAGAGACAGGGUGCGUACUACCAGCCCAUACCUGGACCCAUGGUGCUCGGUGACAGGUGCGUACCAUACCAGCCCAUACCUGGACCCAUGGUGCUCGGUGACAGGUACAGAGGCGGGGACUGCCACCCCCCCGACACAGGACCCCUGACCCUGCCCCCCACCGACUACCCCCACCAGUACUUCACCCAGACCCCCGGUGGGGGGGUGCGGGGGGGCCGCGGGUUCUCCCCUCUUCGUCUUCCGCUGCGUAAUGGCGACGCCUGGCAGCGCUGUUCCUGGCAGACGUGUGCCCUGGCCUUCAUCCUCCUGUCCAUCGUGCUGGCCGCCACUACAGCCUUUCUGGCAGGUCAGUCCAUCGUGUUGGCCGCCACUACCGCCUUCCUGGCAGGUCAGUCCAUCGUGCUGGCCGCCACUACCGCCUUCCUGGCAGCGUCGGGGAGCAGCACCUUGGAACGCCGUCCCCACCAAACCUUCCCCCCCACCAGCUCCUCGUUCGUGAACCUCGUGUUGGGGGAGAGGAACAAGCGAACUCUUUCCCCAUACGGGUACUGGAACCUGCACCUCCCCCUGCAAGACCCCACACUCAUCCACCUGCUGCUUACCAUCCCCAGAGGCACUACCAUCGGCCUGUACGCACGUCGCAACGACCUGCCCACCCACACGCAGCACGACGUCAUGCAGAUCCUGAGAGGCACGGCGUCCCAGCGGGAGACUCGCACCUCCCAGCCUGAGGUUGGCGUGGUGGAGGUUGAAGUGGAGGAGCUACUGCAGUCUGGCGACUGGUUCCUGACUCUGUACAACGACGAUGGCGACCCUCACGAGGUGUCGCUGAUGGUCAAACAUGGCGUGGGGGCCGGUGAAUGUCCGCAGCGAUGCAACGGACACGGACACUGCUUCCUGGGCCGCUGUCAAUGCCAGCAAGGAUACAACGGCCCCGACUGCUCUGAAGUGGUGUGCCCAGUGCUGUGCUCGGGGCGUGGGGAGUAUGUGGCUGGACUGUGCCAGUGCUUCGCUGGCUACAAAGGAAGGGAGUGCGAACUGUCACAGCAAGAGUGUCAGGUCGCCCACUGCAACAACAACGGCCACUGCAUCGACGGCCAGUGUCACUGCAGCCCUGGAUACACCGGCGAGUUUUGUGAUAAAGUGGACUGCCCUAACCCCACGUGUUCGGGUCACGGGUGGUGCGUGAAGGGUGCGUGUGUGUGCCAGCGGGGCUGGGAGGGCCCAGACUGCGCCCUUAUGGACACUGAGGCGCUGCAGUGCCUGCCUGACUGCAGCAACCACGGCACAUUCAACGUCAAGACGCACUCCUGUGUCUGCGUCACGCCAUGGAUCGGUUCUCAGUGCGACAAGAGGGCGUGCUCCCGCAACUGCGGUUACCACGGCCGCUGUGAGGACGACGCUUGUCGCUGCGAUGACGGCUGGUCCGGUGACAACUGCACCGAGAAACUUUGCGACCCGAGGUGCAACGUGCACGGCCAGUGCAAGAACGGCACCUGCGUGUGUAUGGCGGGCUACAACGGCCGCCACUGCACCAUCGCUGGCUGCCCUGACGAGUGCGGCGACCGCGCGCAUGGAACUUGCUUGGCGGAUGAAGACGGUUCUUGGUACUGUCACUGCGAGGAGGGCUGGGACGGUCAGGACUGCUCCGUGCAGCUCGAGAUGAUCUGUGAUGAUGGCAUCGAUAAUGAUAAUGACGGCCUGCAAGACUGCGUUGACCCAGAGUGCUGCUCGUCUCCGGUAUGUGACAAUAAAGCAACCUUGUGCCUCAAAAGCAAAAGCCCCGUCAACAUCGUCCUCUCUAAGCCGUCCCCCGAGUCCACGAGUUCUUUCUACGAGAAGAUGAAGUUCCUCAUCGAAGAGAAGAGCCUCCAGGACUUCACCAGCAACUUCAACGAGAGACGCGCGUCGGUGAUCCGCGGUCGCGUGGUGACGCGUGCCGGUCGAGGCGUGAUCGGAGUGCGCGUGUCGACCAGCGACAAGAACGUCGGUACGACCACGUCCCGCCGCGACGGUUGGUUCGACCUCAUGGUGAACGGCGGUGGCGCUGUCACGCUGCUGCUGGGACGGCCUGUCUUCCAGCCCAAGGAGAUUCGAGUGAUGGUGCCUUGGAACGAAGUGGUAGUCCUCGAUGACAUCGUCAUGCAUGUGAGCGCAGCGCAAGAAAACACAGCAAUGUCUCCGGAACGCAAUUUUGCCAACAAUUUAGCAGGCAACCACAAACCUUGUCCCGAACAUGACUACGACUUGUUGAGGCCUGUUGUGAUGGUCACGUCACUUCUGGGGGUCAAAGGCGAUUGUCCUGACGACGACGCAGUCCUCGUUGAGACUCAAGCUCUUCAAGAGUCUGUCAAGAUCCCCGGCACUGACCUCUACUUAAUCUAUCAUUCCUCGCGGGCCCGCGGCUACCAGUCCACCAUCCGCAUACAGCUGACACCGGACACCGUCCCUUCCUCCCUGCGACGUGUUCACCUGCGCAUCAUGUUGGAGGGACUCCUACACACUAAGGUCUUCGAGGCUGACCCAAGCAUCAAGUACACCUACUCCUGGAACAGACAGAACGUCUACAAGCAAGGCGUGUAUGGCAAGACGACAGCUCGCGUGUCGGUUGGUUACGAACACGCGGACUGCGGACAGAUCUUGUGGGAGCAUCAAACCGUCAACGCAGCAGCCAAGUACCUCACCAUUUCUGCUGUGGGAGACUUCAACAUCCAUGUUCAUCACAGCUAUAACUUCAACCAAGGCAUCCUGCAGCGCGGUGAUGGCUCCAACAAGGAGCUCGCCCAGGGCAGUCGACUCGUGACGACGCUGCUGGGGACGGGCGAGCAGCGCGACGUCGCGUGUGACGCGCAGUGCAAUGGACGGGCGAACACGUCCCCUUUGUUGUCCCCAUCCUGUCUCGCCGCCGCCCCCAACGGCUCUCUCUACGUCGGGGACUUCAACCUCAUCAGGAAGGUUACGACCGAUGGAAAUGUCACCACAGUCGCCAAGCUCAACGAGACGCGGGUGUCCUACCGCUACCACAUGGCCGUGUCGCCCCUGGACGGGUCUGUGUUCGUGAGCGACCCUGAGGCGCAUCAGGUGCUCAAGCUGCGCUCGACGGAGAGCGUGCGCGACCCUGCGCACAACACCGUCGUGUACGCGGGCUCCGGCCAGCGCUGCCUGCCCGGCGACCGCGCCAAGUGCGGCGACGGCGGCAGCGCGCUCCAUGCCAGGCUCUCCUACCCCAAAGGGCUGGCGAUGUCUGCUGACGGCGACCUGUACAUCGCUGACGGUACCAACAUCCGCGUCGUGACGGCAGCUGGCAUCAUCCACACCGUCCUGGGCGGCCAUGAGCACAGGUCUCACUGGUCGCCCGUGCCCUGUAACGGGACCAUCGCGCGUGACGCGCUGCGCCUGCGCUGGCCCACGGAGCUCGCCAUCUCGCCGCUGGACGGCUCCCUGUACGUGCUGGACGACCACCUCGUGCUGCGCCUCACGCCAGACAGCCGCGUCCAGAUUGUGACUGGCCGCCCACUUCACUGCCCCAGCCCACCUUCCGACGCCCCACACAUGUCGAGGUCGGCCCUCCUGCUGGCACCUCAGUCCAUUGCCUUCUCGCUCAAAGGCGACCUUUACGUGGCUGAGAGCGACACGCAGCGCAUCAACCGCAUCCGUGUGAUCUCAACGGACGGUCACAUCUCGACGUUCGCUGGAGCAGAGACCCGAUGCAACUGCCGCGACCCGUCCUGCUUCUGCCACGCGCACGAGAACGUCCUGGCCACGAGUGCUGUGUUCCCUUCGAUAUCUGCCAUUGCCGUCACACCCGACGAUGUUGUGCACAUCAGUGACCAGGCUGGGUACAGAGUUCGGUCUAUCAAAAGUCUACUCCCAGAACCUAAUCACAACAACGAGUAUGAAAUAUUCUCGCCUGACACCCACGAAGUGUACAUUUUCAACCGAUUUGGCCAGCACGUAAGCACACGAAAUGUGGUCACGAACCAAAUAAUGUACAACUUUACGUACACCGUGAAAUCUCCUUCUGGUAAACUGUCGACAGUGAUCGAUGCUGCACAAAAUCGCAUUCAGUUAAUGCGCGACGGCAACGGAGAGGUAACGUCCAUCGAAAACCCACUGAAGCAGCGCAUUCAAGUGAAGCUGAACAUGAGGAAUCAACUCGAAGAGCUUGUGGGACCCGACGGUUACAAUAUCACUUUCCGGUAUCAUGUCAUUUCGGGUCUGCUUCUCUCCAAAGUUGAAAGGGGAGGGUCGACUUUCAGUUAUGAUUACGACAACGAAGGCAGAUUGUCGCGUACAGUGCUGCCCACAGGUCAAGUCAUCAGUUUGAACUAUGAACUGAGCGUUCGUGGAGCUCAAGUCACUGUCGCGAGGGAUGAGAAGGAACUCGAGACCACCACGGUCAGAGGCACCAGCAUCACCCAUACCGCGGGUUUUGUGAACACGAUGUCGCAAGGCAAGGGCGGGCUGGUGCGCAAGAGCGCCUGGCACCACGAGGUCAGCCUGCACGAGCGAGCCUUCAAGGUCCUCGAGACUCUGAGCCCUACGGCCUCUCAGAUGUUCCCGGUGCCUGCCCUCCAGCUCACCAAGAUAGACACCGACACCAUCAACUCCUACGAGUGGAUCUACUCUUCCUCCCUGCCCGCUACGGCUGAACUGCACGUCAACAACGCCUCUCUCGUCGUCCUUCGUUACGACGCGGCGUCUCGGACUGAAGCUUUGCUGUCGCCUUCAGGAGCUCCCCUCCUGAACACCACCUACGACAGAGUGGGCCACGCUGUCCUCUACAGCCCCCACCGCCCCCUGGUGCCCGCUAGUAUGCAGUACAACCAGUGGGGUAACGUCGUGAGGAGGACGCGAGGGGACCUUGUAGAGCUGUACCAGUAUGACAACCUGUUGCGGCUCACGGCCAUCACCUACGGUGACAACACCACGCAACAGUUCGUGUUCUCCGACCGACAAACAAAGCCGGAACGAGUGAUCCUGCCCAGCGGGCGGCAGUACGAGAUUCUGUACGAUGACGCGGACGCCCUACGGAGCAUCAUCACACCCACGGGCACUGCGUACUCCUACCACCUCAUCAUGUCCAUUGGCUGCUACAAGCUCAAAGUGGCGCUGCCCGCCGACAAAGUCGCUCUCAUGUUACGAGUGAGCGAGCAAGGGCGCCUGUUAUCCGUGACACAACCUCUUGGCGGCACGCGCCUCUUCGAAUACGAUACCCUGGGGCGUCUCAGGGGCGAGUAUUUCGGCCAAGGGUUCACGGAGUACGAUUAUUGGGAAGGGGGACUACUACAUGGGGUCAAGUCUAGGUAUGACCACAAUGAAGUAAGAUACGAGUUCCAGUAUCACGGAGGCUUGACGAAAGAAAUGAAGCUACGGUUCAGGUCCAUGAAGGGAGAUCUUCACAAGGUUAAACUUCAUUACUUGUAUGACACCAGCGGACGCCUCAUGCGUAUUGAACUGAAAGUUGAUUCGUCCAAGUUUGAUGCAUUUUAUAUCCGCUUCAACAAUCAGACUGGCGCUCUGCAAGCCAUCAGUGAUCUGAGAAUUGUUCGUCAAGACCUCACCAACGUUAUAAUUCUAGACCAGAACCGUCAUUUCAUCUGUAGACGAGAGAGGGACGACUAUUGGCGCUUAGCGGAAAAAAUGAUCACACUUCAAGGCAGGAACGUGUUUCGCAUGGCGUUGAAGUACGACAAUAGAGGCCGCAUCAGUAAAAUGGAGCUUGAGAUUUCAGGACGUCAAGAGUUCACUAAUUACACGUACAUGAUGGACGGGCAGCUUUUGGAAGCCACGGGUACACACAAGUGGCUCUACAGCUACGACCAAAACGGGAACAUUCUUUCUUCGACCGACAACACUCGAGCUGAAUUCCUUCAUUACGACGAAGCAGACCGAGUUAUCAAAGUUGGUGAUGGUAACAUUGAAUAUGAUGCCCGUGGCUUUGUUAUCAGGUACGAUCAGCAGAACUUCGAGUACGACACCAAAGGAUUGCUCGUUCACGGAUGGGAGUCUGAUCGCCGUUGGUGGUUCAGGUUGAGCUACGAUCAUCUUAAUCGAGUGUAUGCUUAUCGCGAUCACUUUAACAACGUGACUCAGUUCAUCUAUGGUCGGCUGGACCAGCCACACCUUAUCACACACGUGCAUAACCCAAAAACACACAGCACCACGACGCUAAUUUACGACGACCUCAAUCACUUGAUAGCCAUGGACACCCCUACUGGGCGCAUCUAUGUUGCCACUGACCACGCGGGCUCUCCGAUUGCAUACUUCGAGGAGAAUGGAUCCCUCAUCCACCGACUGAGAUGGUCUUCAUUUGGUAGACUCAUCGAGUCGGUGGGUGAGAAGAUCUGGGUGGGUGUCGGUCCUUGGGGAAGUUUCGUUGAACCUCUCACUGGAGUUGUCUUGGUGAAUGGAUUCGGCUACCAUCCUCGGCUGCUUCAGUUCCUCACUCCUCAGUGGGAGAAGAUGACUAAAGCUCCUCGUCCCGUCACUGACGUGUACGUCUACCGCUUCAGGAAUAAUGAUCCGGUCAACGCGCAAAGCCACUUCUCUGAGGAGAUUCACGACGUUAAAUGGUGGCUACGCAUGACCGGCGUUGAUUUGCAAAACUCGCUGGGCUCCGACUACAAAGAUCGCAUCCUGGAGAAACCUGAGCCUUCAUUAGACGUUUCAAUGAAACCCUCAAUUGGAAUCAGCAGUAGCCUCACGUGCCAGUAUCGAGCAGGAAUAAACUAUCUGAAACACUUGAGCUUCUUCUCCCCGAAGAACGAACCCACGGCACUUGAAUGGCAGUAUGCACCAAUUUCUCAACAAUCGUAUGUGUUUGGCCCCGGUGUCUUAGUGAGCGUUGUCAACAAACGAGUACUGAUUAACUUCGUCACUGUUGUAGAAGACGGAUCGUCUGUGAUUGGAGAUGUCAUCCGCAUUGUAUUGAACAAUUCACUUCUUCUAGAUGUUGUCGCGACAGAAAAUGAUCACGAGACCUUCUACUUCGUCUGGGAGGAGAAGAGACGAGAAGCGGAACACGAGAAGCACCUGGCCCGUCUUUCUGGCAUAUUCAACGUCACGAAGGUGAACGGCGCCAUAGGACCGGGAGUACAUCUUGCGACGCCCACUGCUAACCUCAUGAUCCUGUACGGCAUCCGCCCCAGCAGGGCCCGCAGCUACAUCCUGGAACAGCUGGAAAAGAGGGCGGCAAGUACCGCAUGGGACAGAGAGGCGGCUCUUGUGAGGGCUGGGCGCCCUGGAACAAGGGAGUGGCAGCCAGAUGAAAAGACGCAACUUAUUAAAAAUGGCUACGUUCGAGGCUUCCUUCCGAGCUCCCUGCACUCUACGGAUGACUAUCCCUUCUUGGCAGCAGACCCCACAAAUGUAAUGUUUCGGCGAGACAGCUCCAGAAAACGAAGGAAGACUCGCAGAAAGAACAGAAAGAAAGGUUGGCGAAGGCGUGAUUGGAGUCGAGACACUCGAGCCACUUGAAAAAUCAGUCACAAAUAGAUUGUAGUGUCUUGAUGGCGUGUUUAAAAAAGAUAUUAGAAGUCAAACUAUUAAUUAGACGGCUAUUAGCUGUGUAGUGGUAUCCAAGUUAAAUCUUGUGACAACUUCAGUAGCUUGAACAAUGAAGGAGACCAAUGUGUCCUCCACGGUGCUAAUUCGAUACCAAAAGGGUUGAGUUUCAGACAAGACUAUUGUGCUGGUGCAAUACUAAAACAAUAAAUGAGCCGAGCUCUCUACUUUAUCGUGGCUCGCAAACGAGUAAUGUAUAGAAAUUAAUCGAUUCCAUGAAGUUGAUCGAACUUAUCGAUCGGUCACUCAUGCGUCAAUGUACGUAUGGACUAUUUUUGCGUCUAAUUUUUCUAUUAUAUUACAUAAUGAUUUGAAGAUUAACGCUUAGAUAUCGUUAGCUAAUGGUGAUUUGUAUUAAAAUUCAAUUGUCAGGAAAAUUCAUGCUUUUGGAUGCAGCGGAUCAUACGUUACGUUUUAUUUGCACGAUUUGCUCCAAGCAUGACAGCUCUUCGCGUUCGCCUUUUAUAACUCCAGAUUGUGAUACCCGUGUAAAUAAAUAGCUGGGCUACUUGGAUGAGGAUCAACAUGGUAACAAGUCUGGGUCUGAGCCGCGACCACGGCUUGACUCCACGGUAAUGUUGAAGCCUCGGGUCAGUUUUGUCGUCGUCGCUGAGACAAAGUUUCCUCCUCUAGUCAGAUUUUGAGAUCAUCCCUCGCUUUGAUACGAUAAGACAAUGAUUGUCAUCCCUAGCUUAGGUCGUUCAUAUGUAGAAUAUUUCAGGAAUUUUCUACUAUCAUUUAUUCCGUGUGUGAAUUUUAAAGUAAGUCAGUCCUGCCGUCAAUCCUCUCGUUUUUUAGUUUACUGUUAAACUUUAAGACCAUCGAUGGUUCCCUUUCUACGAGGACUCGUAAUGAGUCUAUGCUAGAGAGGUUUCUCGGUUUCCUUCCCUCGGCAUUUGCCUCACUAAAUAAAUAUCAAGUCUCUUUCGAUGUCUAGCACUAGUCUAGAAUUCUUUGCCUCUGACCCUCAUCUAACCGCCAUGUUUUGAACUCAUUCUCAAGAGUUUUUCGUUCACAACCAUCUGAAUAUCGUCGCUACAUGUAUACAAUAAAUUCAUCUGAAUCAUUAGAAGGAUACAAAUUAUUCUUGCAUUAGCAUAACCAAUCAAUUUUGCGUAAUUUUUAAUCGCUCUUUGAACAGCAUUUGCCAACACCUUGUAAAGAACCCCUAUCGCGUUUCAGCUGCCUCAUGAUAUCACCGUGUGAAUGUUAGUUAUUGAAUUGUCAUCAUCACAACACAUUCUGCCAUGACAAAAUUGUGCAGAAAUUUCUCAAUAGAAGCACAGACUUUUAUUUACCUUAGGAUUACAUUUCGCCUUUUCGGUUAUACGGAAAUGGUUAUUCGUAAAAUUAUUUGCACAGAAUGGAGAUUUUUUUCCAAAUGUA